UGUUUACUAGCAGUCAGUCACGCACGCACCUGUUGAAGGGUUGAGACGGGCAGCAGGCAACCCUUAGUGGCCCGCGCCCUCUGCACGUGCCCACACGCGCGCUACACUAGGUGAACUGCUCUCGUGUGCUAGCAUAUUAUUGGACAAUGUUACCAGGACUGUGCAGUGAGGACUCCCGAGCGGGGGUCACGGGACACUAUGUGUUCGGUUCACUCCUGGUCAAUGAUAACUCCGCCACGCCGUACUCUGACGCCACACAGACGAAGAAACAUCCGCCCAACCACGUGAAGCGGCCCAUGAACGCCUUCAUGGUGUGGUCCCAGCUGGAGCGUCGACAGAUAGUCUCCCAGACCCCGGACAUGCACAACGCCGAGAUCUCCAAGCAGCUGGGGCGCCGCUGGAAGCUGCUCACGGAAGAUCAGCGAAGACCUUACCGCGAAGAAGCCCAGCGGCUCAAGAUCCUUCACCGCCUGGAGUACCCGGACUACAAGUACCGGCCGAGGAAGAAGAACGCCAGGACGUGCCCGCCUCCUUUAUUGAGCCGCGGCGACGCUCUGAGAGGGGUGGCGGCAGGCGGCGGCGGCCGUGUUGGUAAACAACGAGUUCAGGGGCCGACUCACUCACCGCCGGCCAACGCCGCCACCGUUAACAAGGUGCGAGAGUGUCUCCUCGUCUCCAACCUCAAGAACUUAGCAAGGAUGAGCAGUCCGCUCAGGUCCCCCGCCACACCGCAGCAAGAUAAACCUCAAGUAAAAUCCCUCAACACCCGACUACCCAACAGCCCGCCCCAUGACCUCCCAGACUCCCCGGAGAGCGCCAGCACCUUUGACGAUCGCUCCUCCAUAAUCAACUGGGACGCAAAUUUUGAACAGUGUUGUGACCUGUCCUCCCCUCAGCCGGGUGCCCCCAAGGUAGGGUUUGGCUGGACAAGUGAUCUCAUAAACUCCUCCGCUGUCUCAACUCAAGAUGGCACAGAGUUGCUUCCUGAAGACCCGCCGACACUCGCGGACUUGGACAACAUUGGAAUGAAGGAUCUAGUACCACUGUCCCCCGACCUGUCCUUCGACCUCAACACUCUCAGCUCUGACAUCGACUUGUGGGCGGCCACUGAGUGUGACCAGGGCGAGCUGUGUAACCAGCGGGACCUGGCCACACCGCCCACACCCUCAGCUUAUGGCGGCUACGACGGGUCACAACCAGCCUGGGACGACGGCAUCGAUUCUUUUGUAGAAGGUCUACAGAUUACCUAUCAGCCCCUUCAGGAGGAGGAGUAUUCAUCCGUGCCUUCGUCAGCUGCGGCGCCUGCGUCAGUGUGGCUGCGUCCUGCCCUAGAGGCGUCUUACUCACUGGGAGACCCUACAAGAUGAGCUCCUCGCUCUCUACUUUGCUCACACCAUGUUGUUUGGCGAGCUGGACUCUGCCAUUUUACUGACCCUCCGUGCACCUCUACGACUCAUGUUACGAUAAAGCUAAACGUCCGUCAGAGCGACCAGCUGCUUGAGGAGCUACGGAGGACGACCUUCACCGGAUGACAAUGAUCUCAAACUUUGGCCAAACUCUUGAAAAUCUCAGAUUUCUGCCUCUACUCACCCGGCUCUUAUAUCCCUUCUGGUAAGUCUUCCCAUUGCUUCUGUCUUUACUCUGAUGACAUCUUGUGAAUCUCCCGACAGUCACAUAUUUCAACACUGGCGUCUCUUGCCCUGGCUCACCUUCUCUUGCUUCUUUACAGGACAAAGAAGAAAGACGCAUUUCUUCCGUUGUGUUUGUCCAGAAGUCCCGGGUUCUUGCAGCUCGUGUGCCGCCGCCCUUCCACAUGCUUCAACCUCUCUCUCACCUCACCCCCCUCCCUACACACUGACGCCCUCAGGUUGUCUCAGUAUAUUGGCCACAAGUUCUUAUAUUGCUGUGAUAAAAUGUGGAAUUCUAGUCUUUCCAGUUUGGUGUAAUUUUUGCCGCAGACUGGUGGUGUACGGCCUCAUGUAGCCAGUCAGUUAUACCUUGACGGCCUCAUGUAGCCAGUCAGUUAUACCUUGACGGCCUCAUGUAGCCAGUCAGUUAUACCUUGACGGCCUCAUGUAGCCAGUCAGUUAUACCUUGACGGCCUCAUGUAGCCAGUCAGUUUACCUUGACGGCCUCAUGUAGCCAGUCAGUUAUACCUUGACGGCCUCAUGUAGCCAGUCAGUUUACCUUGGUACUGGAGUUGCUUUGAGAACGUUAACUCGUCGAGAUCUGGUUUUUGAUGUAAUAAUCUGAUUGUUUACUUGACGAGAUGACGAUCUGAUUGGUAGCCUAGUAUAGCCUGAGUGUCCCCCAGAGAACCCGGGCAACCAUAUGAACCCAGGUGAGCGUGCAGGUGUACCCACAGGUGCCCGUAAAGCUGUUCUCCCAGGUGCUCAACACACGCUCAGUCUCAACCACAAAAAUAUGGUUCAUUUUUUAAUGGAGAACAACUGUGUUGUAUCCACGUGUACAGGUGUUAAUUUUGAUAAAUUUUUUAAGACGUCAUUAUUUUACUACCGUAUGUAAAUAACAGUAGAAUAUCUUAGGUUUAGCCACGUUGUGAACUGUGUUUUAAGUUGGAGAAUAAAAGCCAAUAUUAUGUGUUAAGCAAAUGAAGGAAAUCUGGAAUUUCUGAAGCUUUAAUACGUGUUCUUGUGGUGCCACAGAGCUGCCCCAGUGACCACCUCUCCCAUGUGUUGUGUACAGUGCGGCCCCACACUUAUGACGGAUCACGAGGCUUUAGUUACUAAUAUGUGUUAACUGUUGUCCUGGACAGAACAAUGUCACUAUGGAAGUAAUACUGUACUGUAGUGUUAAGUGACGUCAAACACACACACUGUACAGGUCUUAGUUGUUUGGUGUUGAUGAGAGGGGCAGCUCUGUGGGUCACUUACCGUAUAAUGUGACUUUACUUCAUCACAGUGUGGCGUUAGUUGUUGGUGUUGAUAAUAAUGGAGUGGAUUUUGCUGUUUAGACUAGUGUGAGGAGCUGGUCCCCGGCCUCGCUUUGGUCCGGCCAGAGAUUUGGUCCGGCCAGAGCUUGGUUCCGGCCACGGCUAGACAUGGCCUGACCAAGUUGUAAGGUGGAUAAAUAAAAGUUUACAUUGUCUUCUGUAUAUUGUAUAUUAACUGAAAUAAGUUAUAAACAAGAUAUGUGUAACUUUUUUACCAAUAAAUAAAAUGUCAAAAUUCUUAUAAAUGUCACUAUGUAGACAUUAUUUUUUGUCAUGUAAAAUAAGUCACGAACUUAUCUUGAAAAAUAAGUUUAAUAAUAUCCCAAAUUGUAAUGGACUUCUUAAAUUAAUUCUUUAAUUCAGUUGUAUAUUGAAAUAUGUUUGUAGAUUACUUUGUGCACUACACCCAGAUCUCCUGUUUGGUGGGUGUAGUGUAAACAUUUCCCUGAGUGAGAGUUGCCACGGUAAGAGCGAAGGACGUGACGGUGGUAAGAGCUCAGUGAGGCAGUUUGUGGUGUUGUAAACCUUAGUCUUCCCGGCCGUUGUGUACAAAAGGAUGGAAUAAUAUAUUACUAGAGAAAUAUUUAUGUGAGGAGGAGGAGGGAGUGUCUGGCGGUGUGAGGAGGGAGGGGUCAGGCACGAACACUGUCCUCAGGCUCCGGAGUGGAUAGUGGAGUUAUCCGCUUCAGGAGGCUGGUUCCCUGUGAGACAGUAGCGAUCCUUUGUUUACAUGGCCGUCCUCUCACACCCAUCCGGACCCCCCCCCCUGUACCUACUAUGUUGCUGGUCAAUAAAUGUUUUGUAGUUGGAA